AUGAAUGUCAUUGGUACUCACCAACCUUGUUAUUAUUUUAAUUUUAAAAAGACACAAUCAACAACAACAAUAACAACAAUAACAACAAUUAAUAAGAAUAUAAUUAAUAAUAAUCAACUUGGUUUACCAGAUUAUAUUGUAAAGAAGAUAUUAAGGUGUUUACAACAUUCUAUUUCACCAUGUUUACAUGAUUCAUUAGAGGAUAAUGGUGGAGAUAUUGACUUGAGUCGUAAUGCAUACACUCUUUAUGAUGGUAGAAUGAAUGUACACUCUAUAUUACAUUUGUCGUUGGUGUGUAGUUAUUGGUUUAGAAUCAUCAUACCAUCGUCGAUGGAUAGAUACACCUAUGUCCUUCCAUCAAUAGCCGUUCAAGAACAAGACCACAUCAAACUAUUUGGAAAGAAUGUCAUUGCCAGAUACAAAAGAUCACCUCUACAACAAUUUAAUCAAUCAUUACAACAGUAUCUAAGAAAUAAUAAUAUUGUCAUUGAUAGUGGUAACAACAGUGGAAACAAGGUAGAAUCAUUAAAGAUAUACAUUUCACUUGAAUACCGUCAGAGUAUGGAUACACCUCCACUUAGUAUCAACUCUAUCAUGAAUUAUGAUGCAUCGGUGGCUGCGUUGUCUGUGAAUCUACGUCGGUUGACAUUAUCGACUGAAAUGACAGCACAAUGCGAUAAAGAUACAUCGGCAUUGGGUCAGCUUCAAAAGUUUACAUUUAUAGGGUCGCCGACCGAUCAGUUGAGAGGAUUGAUGACACCUUGUGCAUUCAAGUCAAUGUCCAACUUGGUUGAUUUGAAACUAAAGUUUAAUGGACUGAUUGCAGUUAAUUCAAGACUACGACCAUCGGCAAUGAUACAGGCUAUCCCAUCACUUGCUAAAAUGGAGCGUCUUCAUUUGGAGAACUUUAUCAGUCCGGCCGAGACAGAUACAAAUAUAGAAGAGAGUGUGUCUUCUGCACAGGGAUUCACUACCUUGAAACCAACCAAACCAUCCAACGAUUCUCGUUUACCUUGGACAAUGAAUACGGUCCGUCAGUAUACCCCAUUAGGGCAUUAUUCAAUCACUAUCAAGACAAUAGUACCAAGUCAGUUACACAAGAGUAACUAUUACGUAUCCGAUGAAAUAAGUCAACUAGAAUGUAAAGUCAAUGACCUACAAAAUGGUCUAACCAAUCUAAUCAAAAACUCUGAAUCUAUGCAACGCAUAUCAUUGUCUUCAAACAUUGGUAGAAUAUCAUCGGAAGAUCUAGAAGUAGAUAGACAAAAGCUUGGAACCAAUUUAGAAUUAUUAUCUCCUCAAUUUUUAAAUACCCUAGUUCAUCUCAUCGAUUGCAAUCUCUCCUCUGAUUCAAAGGUUAAUCCAAAAUCAAAAUUACAAUUUAUUAAAAUUGAUAAAUGUUUAACUUUUAAUCAUAAUCAUCAUGAUGAAGAUAAAGACAACAACAACAAUAUUAAUAAUAAUAGUAUUAAAAAUAAUCGUAAAAAUUAUAACAAUAAUAAUAAUCAAAAGAUCAAACUAGUACCAAAGAAAAAAGUACACAAAUCCAACAACUUUUGGAAAUGGGAGAUGAAAAGAAUAGUAAAAGAGGAUGCUAAUCAAUUUAAAAGAAUUGGUCCACAUCAUCAAGAUGUUCAAUUCAUUGCCCAAGCUCAAAUAUUGAGUGAUCUUUCUUACCUGACUCAUUGUAUACCAAAUAAUACAAAGAAGCUGUGGAUGGUUCAAAAGAUGACAAACAACAACAACAACAAGUCCCUUCAACCUAUUCAAAACAAUCAAAUCAAUGUACCUGAUUACAUUUUAAAAUAUAUAAUAUCUUUAUUGCAACAACCAACAUCAACAUGUUCUAACAACAAUAAUAACAAUAACAAAAACAACUUGAAUGAUCAUCUUUCUCUUACAUCUCCACCUCAAACGAUAGCAAUUAAAAAGUUUAAUCAAUAUGUUAAUUAUUUGUAUUUGUCAUUGGUUUGUUCAUAUUGGUUUAGAUAUAUUAUACCUGUAUCGGUCAAGUCGUUUAGAUAUAUCAUCCCAAAUACAUCGGUAUCGUAUUUGGUGGGCAAAGUAGGCCCAAGAUACCCAAAAUCACCUUUAACAUUAUUCAAUCAAUCGUUGCAACUCUACACCAACAAUCAUAAAAAUAAUAAUAACAACAAAUAUACAACCAACCAAGUUGAAAGAUUAAAGGUAUUUGUUGAAUGUGAGGAUAUUAAAUUACCAAUGUCACUGGAACCAAUAUUACACCCAUCUUCAUCACUGGAUGCUGUAUCACAUAGUCUGCGUCGUUUGACACUCUAUAAUGGUGGGAUUGGUGAAAGUUUGGUAUACUUGGAACGAUGCAAACAAUUACAAAGACUACACCUUCAUCCAUUUGGUAGAUGGGAUACACGAGAGAUGAGAUGUAUACUCUAUCUCUUGUCAAAGUUACCUUCCAUCACAGAACUUGCAAUCAAGUGUACUUCGAUUGAUCGUGUUGAAGCAACCUAUGACAAACGACAUAUUGCAUCACUUGGACACUUGAAAAAGUUUACCUAUGUUGGAUCACCGAGUGAUAUGAUGGCUGGUGUCUUAUCGGAAAGACAUCUUGACCAAUUGACAGACCUCACCGGUUUACAUUGA